UCGUGAAGACGAAAUUUUUCCUAAGCACAACCCCACACGGUGCCCCAGCAAACACAUUGUGGGUACAGGAUGAACAUGUGCUGAUCUGUCUCGCCUAAAACCAGAUGAAGCUUAAUGAGCUUGAUUAGUCUGAGCAUUGAAAGGCAGAAACUAGUUUUAAAAGAGUUGUCUUCAGUGGCUUGCUUGAGUACACUCACUGAAUGGGGACCAGUUCUCAGUGUUGGGGGUGAGUACUUCUUGUGUCCACUCUGUGAAGGAGCUGAUGGACACUUGCCCUGACUGAUACUGUUUCCUCAAGACCAAGUCUGAGGUCUGGUUCUACCAAGCAGCACGUCAUUCAGAUAUUUAAUUCUUUCCAGAUAGCCUUAGUUUGCAAAUCAAGAGGAAGUCCUGCAGACCAAGUUUCUGGUGAGGCUUCCACCUUUUGCUGACUAUUGCCAGCCCGUCUGAGACAUUCAGAAUAGUUCUCUUCUGCAGAAAUGAGGAAGUGCCAAUACUUGCAGGAAUGAGUGAGAUUAAUUCUUCUCUUCCCCCCUCCCCAACAGUGCAAAAGAAUUGAAUUGGAUUAUCACUCUGCUGUCUCAGCCAGCUCUGAGCAAUCUGCAGCAGUUUUGCCUGCUGAUGUGCUCCUGCUCUCCCCACGCAGCCUGAUUCAGUCUGGUUCCCAUGCUGGUUCAGCACAUCUGUUAAACGGCCUAAUCCUGCAGCUCCCGAAAUCAAUAGAAAGCACCCUCUGACUUGUACAAGGAACAAUGGCAGUCUUCGUUUGGUUUGACAUGUGUUAAUUGUUAUUUUGAGAUGACCUGAGUAGCCCAGGAUGACCUCAGAAGGGUUCAGUGCAUCCAGUGGCCUGAGCUUCCCACGGGCGGGGCUCUGCCGGGCUGGGCUGGGCUGUGCCCUCGCUGUCCCGGCUGGGUCAGCAGACUGCCCGUGUCAGCGACUCACUGCUGCAAAAUCGGGAAAUUCACGGUGAAAAUGAAACCCUGCCGAUAACAAGGACUUUUUUGGAGAGUCACUAUGAGUCAAGGCCAGGCCCGGGACAGCUCUGCAUCACAGCCCAUUCCCACAGUCAACCCGAAUCCUGGGAACGAGUCGCAGCAGAGGAAGCGCUGACUGGCGCUGGGCUGAGCCCCAGGAGCUCUGACGGAGCUGACACCGGAGGAGAGGAGGAGACAGGGCAGAGCCCAGCCCAGCCCAGCCCGCUCCGCCCCGGCGCUCCCGUCCCCGGAGGAGGCUCCCGGGGAAACCGAAACCGUGCGGCCUCUGUGCUCUGCCCCGGCCGGGCCAUGGCCGCUGCCAUCGAGCUGGAGCGGCUCCUGGCCGCCGUGGAGCUGAGGUGCUCCUUGUGCCUGCAGUUCUUCUCGGAGCCGGUGCGGAUCGCGGGCUGCAGCCACAGCUUCUGCCGGCGCUGCAUCAGCCGGUACCGCGCGGGCCGGCCCGGGCCCGGCUGCCCGCUCUGCAGGGAGGGCUUCGAGCUCCGCGACCUGCGGCCCAACCGCGAGCUGGCCGCGCUGCUCAGCCUCAUCCCGCCCGAGCUGAGCGAGGAGAAGCUGGAAACCCAGGAUGAACCCUCUGGAGCUGUUGUCUUCGGCGACCGGAGCUCGGCGGGGCGGCGACCUGGGGAGAAGGAGGAAGAGAUAUGGGAAAGCUCCAAGCAACCAGAAAUAUCUGCAGAGACCGUCCCCCUGUUGAGGAGAGAUCUCAAUAAAACCAAGGAAUACACAUCUGAGAUCAAAAGCCAGAUUACUCGAGAUUUCUGUUGCAUGAAGGAAUAUGUUGAAAGACAAGAGAGAAGCACAUUGAUGUUCAUUGAGCAAGAGCAAAAAGCUGCUCAACAGAAGAUUGAAGAGACUAUUCACCAGCUCACAGACAGCAAAGCCCAAACUAGUAACUUACCUUAUGAAGGCUCACUUUCAAUAAUGAAUAAAAUUACACUUGAUGAGAAACUUAAUGUUGUCAAAUGGGCUGUAGAAGAUCUUAAGAGAAAGUUGGAAAUGUUACUUUUGGAGAAAUACCCUCAGCAAUUCCCACCAGUGCAGCCUCCAGACUCGUAUCAGGAGACAAGUGUCUGCUCAUCACCCCCAGAGUCUGCAGCUGAAAUUCCAGACCUGGUGAUUCCAAGCCAGUUUUCUCAGUGGGCAGAGGAUGUGACUUUUGACCACACGAGAGCAAACGAGCGCUUGGCCCUCACAGCCCAGAACAGCAGAGUGGUGGUUUCCAGCCACCCCACCUGGUAUGAACCAUCUCCCAAGAGAUUCUGCAUCAGCCAAGUGAUGUGUUCCCAGAGCUUCUCCACGGGGUGCCACUACUGGGAGGUGAUUACUGAGGACAGUGAUGGAUGGGCUGUUGGAGUCGCUCAUGAAAUGAUUGGGAAGAGGGACAAAUUGGGAAGAACAGAGCAUUCCUGGUGCGUGGAAUGGCUGGGUUCCAAAAAGCAGCUGUCAGCCUGGCACAAGGAUCAAGAAACAUUGUUACACAAGGAUAAACCGCUGAGGGUUGGGGUUUUCCUGGAGCUACAAAAGCAGACAGUGUCCUUCUACUCCAUCACUGACAGGGAAAUUCUCUUGCACACCUUUGAACUCAGCACCUCCCAUCCUCUCUAUCCUGCCUUCUGGCUGUACAGCCUGGAAAGAAAUGGAUCUUUAACUCUAAGCCACCCAAACAGGAGAUAAAGCCUAUUCUGAAAAGGGACCAUUUUGCCAAUGACUGCAGAGUUUCUAUCCAAGCUUCAGUGUUUAGCACAGGAAUUUACCAAGGAAUGCAGAGCUACCCAGGAUUUCCUGGGAAUCAGCAACUGGCUUUUGCCUGCUCUGCUUCUCUCAAUGCUGUGCUCUGGUCCAGCCAGACCUCAGUAAAGCAAUUCCAGUGUCUGCUGAAGGCAGGAACCAUCCCUGUGGAGAUCAGGUGGAUUUCUUAAGCAGCUUUAAGUAGGCCCAGGAUAUUCCUGGGAAGGAAUGCACCAGGGAAGCUCUAAGGCUGGGGAUAAGCCUUGCUCAUGGACCUCAUUUUUCCUACAUUGAUCUAAAAAAAUACAGAACAGAUGAUGCCAUUACUUUCUGUCAAGUGAGCUUGCUUUGGAAAGAUCUGAGUGAGUAAGGAAUGCUCAGAGGGCAAGAAUGUUACUGGUUUCAGGCAUGAAAAUCUUUCUCUUUAGACACUAAACUACAGGAAAUAGGCUUUGUAUUUGAGGACCUGCCACUUUAGGUCCCAGAAGAUCAUCUCACUGGCACUGUAUUUUAGUCUUGCCCCCACCAAAGGGUUUUUUUCAGUCCUGGUGGUGGUGUGGCAACAGGAAUGGUUGGGGAAGCAGAUGCUCAGAUAUGUUUAUACCAGCUAAUAAAUCAUGCAGUCACUUUA